UAAUCUAGUAUUUAAUAGUACUUUUUGUUUUCUUUAGGUUAUUUCUGAUUUAGAAAUCAUGAACUGGCACUUCCUGCUCCUGUGUGCUGCUGUGACUCUAACAUCUGUAUGCUCCCAAUUUAAUUUUCCUCUUGAGGAACUUGGCUCUGACGUUGGAAUCCAAGUUUUCAAUCAAAUAGUCAAGGCAAGGCCUCAGGAGAACAUUGUGGUCUCUCCACAUGGGAUUGCAUCAGUCCUGGGGGUGCUUCAGCUGGGUGCUGAUGGCAAGACAAAGAAGCAGCUAACAACUGUGAUGAGAUACAGCCUAAAUGCAGUUGAAAGCAAGGAGGAGAGCCAGCGCCAUGUGACCAGCCAGCUCUCCCCAGACAUCCAGCAGCAAGUGCUUCCUGGACCACCAGUGGUCCACAGACUACUGUUUGAGAACCUUUGUUAUGGAGUUGGAAAAGCUUUAAAGAAGAUAAACAAGCUCAUAGUCUCAAAGAAGAAUAAAGACAUUGUGACAAUUGCUAAUGCAGUAUUUGCGAAGAGCGGCUUUAAAAUGGAAGUGCCUUUUGUUACAAGAAACAAAGAAGUGUUUCAGUGCAAUGUCAAGAGUGUGGACUUUGAGGACCCCAAUGUGGCAUGUGAUUCCAUUAACCAGUGGGUUAAAAAUGAAACAAGGGGUAUGAUUGAUAAGAUAUUAUCUCCAGAUGAUAUCGAUGCUGCUUUGACCAGACUUGUACUGGUAAAUGCAGUAUACUUUAAAGGUUUAUGGAAAUCACGUUUUCGACCUGAAAAUACAAGGAAACGGCCAUUUUAUGGAGCUGAUGGGAAGACUUACCAAGUACCUAUGCUAUCCCAGUUGUCUGUUUUCCGCUGUGGUACAACAAGUACCCCAAAUGACUUGUGGUACAACAUAAUUGAGUUGCCUUACCAUGGUGAAAUGAUCAGCAUGUUGAUCGCUGUGCCUUCAGAAAGUACUACCCCGCUGUCUUCUGUUAUUCCCCACAUCAGCACAAAAACGAUAGAGAGCUGGCGGACGAUCAUGGUACCAAAAAGAGUGCAGGUGACUUUGCCCAAGUUCACAGCAGAAGCAGAAACAGAUUUAAAGGAGCCUUUGAAGUCUCUUGGCAUCACAGAUAUGUUUGAGCAGGCGAAGGCCAAUUUUGGAAAAAUAACAAGAACAGAAAGUCUUCAUGUAUCUCAGAUUUUGCAAAAAACAAAAAUUGAAGUUAGUGAAGAUGGAACCAAAGCUGCUGCAGCAACAACUGCAAUUUUAAUAGCCAGGUCAUCCCCUCCUUGGUUUAUAGUAGACAGGCCAUUUGUAUUUUUCAUCCGGCAUAAUCCUACAGGUGCAGUCUUGUUUAUGGGACAAAUAAACAAACCUUGAAUGUGGAAAAGGCUUUCUUUUAAGAAGCAAAGUAAAGACUCAUUUGAUACAUCCUUGUCUUGUUAAAUAUUUUUGUACACUAUUCUUUGACUUCACACAUGAACUAGUUUUUAAGCGAUUGACUAGGUUUUGAAAAAGGGGUCAUCGUAGUUCUGGUUUUGUGGAAAUAUACCGCUUGAAAACUACAAUGCCUUUUCAAAAUGUCUAAAAGAUUCUUUAAACUACUGAAUGGUUACCUAUGCUAACAAACUGUUGGAGCUUUUUCUUUUUUCUCUGAAUUUUAUGUAUGGCUUUUGUGAGAGGGUUUGAACAAGAGUGUGACAAAAAACAAUGUCUGUUUAAUAAUAGUGAUUUAUUUUUUCUGUGGAAAAUGUUUGGUAUGUAGAUGCCCUUUCAAUACUACUUUUGUUCUUGAGUGGCUUGGAAAUUGGGCAUCUUUUUGGUAGAAAUCAAUGAAAAAUUCUAGUAGUGUUUGUUUUAUAUAAUGCAUGUAACAGAGUUUAAGAGGACUAAUGUCUUGAAAGUAACGCAUCGCAUUAAUGUCCUGUUUUACUGUAAACUUGUCAUUGCUAGUAUACACUUUCUAUUGGAUUCAAAUUUUAUAUUUGUUUUUGUACAAAGGAAAAAUAAACUGCAUUAUGAACAGUCAAA